UGUUGAAUUUUUUUGAGAUACAGAUAAUAAUUUUUGUAUUAUUUUUUAUUUCCUAUAAAUGAGGAUCUUCUUCACACAUAUCAAUGCAAAACCAGAAACAGAGAAAGAAAACGAGAACCAGAAACAGAGUGAUCAGAGAGCGAGAGAAAUGGAAGCCUACAGCACUCUUACAAUCCUAAUUCUUAUGAAUCUUCUAUUCCUGAUCUCAAACAUCCCUACAACCUUAGCAGCAACGUCUGCAUCCAGCUCCGUUUCGACCAAAUCCUACACAACUUACAUCCAAACAGCCUGCAAUUCAACCACAUACCCACUAGUAUGCUACAGUUCCCUCUCCCCCUAUGCUUCCAAGAUCAAAGGGAAUCCUCAGAAACUCUGCAUAACCGCACUCUCAGUGGCCGCAAAAGCCGCCCGCAACGCUUCAUCGACGAUAUCAAAGCUGUCUAAACAGAAGGGUUUGACGCGCAGUGAAGCGGCGGUCAUUAAGGAUUGCAUCGAGAACGUUAAGGACAGCAUCGACGAGCUCAAACAAUCUUUGAACGAGAUGGGUCAUCUUGGAGCUGGCGGCUCUGAUGUGCAAUUUCAGAUAUCGAACAUAAAGACUUGGGUCAGUGCUGCCAUAACGGAUGUAUCUACGUGCACGGACGGUUUGGAAGAACAAAAAGUGAGCGCGACGGUGAAGAACAAGAUUACUAGGAGUAUUCUCAAUGUUGAUAGGCCAACUAGCAAUGCUUUGUCCCUCAUUAACAGUCAUUACUCCUACUGAUUGUUAGGCUGCAUGCCUGCCUUGUCUUUCAUUAAUUACCAGUCUCUCCUACCAAAAAAUAAAACAAAAAAAUCGUGUUUCUCGAUUAA